AUGGCAAAGUUAUCUCAUCAAAACCAGAAACUCAAUGCAAACAAUAACACUAAUGCUACUGCAGCUAAUACCACUACUGUCACAAAGGUCAAACGAACAAGGAGAAGUGUCCCAAGGGACUCCCCUCCUCAACGUAGCUCAAUUUAUCGUGGGGUCACCAGGCACAGAUGGACUGGCCGAUACGAGGCUCAUUUGUGGGAUAAGAAUUGCUGGAAUGAAUCACAAAACAAGAAGGGCCGCCAAGUCUACCUUGGCGCCUAUGAUGAUGAGGAAGCUGCAGCACAUGCUUAUGACUUAGCAGCUCUUAAGUACUGGGGUCAAGAUACCAUUCUUAACUUUCCGUUAUCGACAUAUCCAAAAGAACUGAAAGAAAUGGAAGGUCAAUCAAGAGAGGAAUAUAUUGGAUCAUUGAGAAGGAAGAGCAGUGGUUUUUCUCGGGGAGUUUCGAAGUAUAGAGGUGUUGCAAGACAUCAUCACAACGGAAGAUGGGAAGCUCGAAUUGGAAGAGUCUUUGGAAACAAGUACCUCUAUCUCGGGACAUAUGCUACCCAAGAAGAAGCUGCAACAGCAUAUGAUAUGGCGGCUAUAGAGUACCGUGGGCUCAAUGCUGUCACGAACUUUGACCUCAGCCGUUACAUCAAAUGGCUAAAACCUAAUGGUCCUAACAACAGCGAAAAUUCCGGUCAGCCUAACCCUACUAUUGAGGCUAAAUUGCCCAAUGUCGUCCGAAACCCUAACGAUCAAGAUAGUGGACUUAGCUUCUUUCACAACCUUGCAUAUAGUCCGGCAGAAACCAUGACCACGGCUCAGCCUAGACCAACCACUGCCACAUCAGCCCUAGGGCUCCUUCUUCAGUCGUCAAAGUUCAAGGAGAUGAUGGAAAUGACAACAGCCACCGAUUUGUCAUCACAGCCGGAGUUGAGCACACCACAGUGCACAUUUCCCGAUGACAUACAGACUUACUUUGACUGCCAAGAAUCUAGCAGCUACGCUGAGGGAGAGGACGUUAUCUUCAGUGAGCUCAAUUCAUUCAUGCCACCCAUGUUCCAGUGUGAUUUUACCACUUAA